AUGGCCAACCCCCGAGUCGAGGAGCUCCCUGAUGAGGAGACUCAGCAGGUCAACAUCGAGGACAAGGAGGAUGACAGCAGCGACGAGUCCGAGGCUGGUGAUGAGGCUGCUCUCCCCGCCAGCUCUACCACCGUCAUCUCCAGGAACGAGAAGAAGGCCCGCAAGGCCCUCGAGAAGCUCAACCUGAUCCGCGUUCCUGGAAUCACCCGCGUCACUCUCCGCCGCCCCAAGAACAUGCUCUUCGUCAUCAACAACCCCGAGGUCUACAAGUCUCCCAACAGCAACACCUACAUUGUCUUUGGUGAGGCCAAGAUCGAGGACACCGCUGCCGCCGCCCAGCAGGCCGCUGCCGCUCAGCUCGCCGCCCAGGGUGCCGACCACGACCACGCCGGUCACGACCACUCGGGUCACAGCCACUCCCACGAGUCCGGCGAGGCCAAGAAGGAAGAGGAUGAUGAGGACGAGGACGAGGAUGACGAUGAGGAGGUCGACGCCGAGGGUCUAGAGGACAAGGACAUUGAGCUCGUCAUGGCCCAGGCCAGCGUCAGCCGCAACAAGGCUAUCAAGGCUCUCAAGGAAAACGACAACGAUAUCGUCAACUCCAUCAUGGCAUUGAGUAUCUAG